AUGGUCAACGCCAAGUUCCUCUUUGCUGCCGUUGCUGGUCUUGCCUCUGCUGCCCCUGCUGCUGAGAAGCGCACCGACAACGGUGUUCAUGUCGUCCAUAGCUUCGAAGACGCCAGCAAGCUCCCCCUUGUCACCUUGACCACGGCUGACAAGUACAAGGGCCUUCACUACAAGGGCUUCUUCUACGUUGAUGCUGGUGUUGGUGGCCUUCUUCUCACUGGUAUCCGCCCCCACAGCCCCAACACUGUCGUCACCACUGGUGAUCUCCAGACUCUUGUUGCUGGCUCCCCCGAGAUCAACAUUGACGGCACCGACACCAAGUCCUUCGACUUUGAGUCCUUCUGGUUCGGCUGCAGUGCCAACACUGCUGCUGUUGCCGUCACUGGUGUCCCCCAGGGCUGCACUGUCACCGUCACUGGUUAUGACACCGAUGGCCAGGUUGCCGGCGUCCAGUCUUUCGACUACGUCCCUACCGGCCUUAAGGAUGACAUGACUCAGGCUGUCCUCGGCGACGGCUUCUGUGGUCUUAGCCGUGUUGAGUUCAACACCAAGAGCGCCCUCCGCCCUGUCAUUGCCAACCUCAUGGAUGAUCUCAGCUUCACCCUCUACAACUAA